UAGGAGGCCGCGCUAAAAACGGCAAAGGGUUGUGCUUAAUAGAGAAAGCUAUGCGAGGAUCAGGCUAGCGGGGAUGGAAUUUGGAGAUCUGUAGUGAAGGCGAGGUGAAGGAUGAGAGCUGCUCCGUCUUGGGUUCGGUUUAGAGACGCACUGCCACCCGCUUGCACAACGGGAGAUAAUAAGAGGAGCACCCAAUACGGACAUCUUUUGGAUUAACUACUUUAUGUUCUAAGACUAAGUGUUUUUUUGUUUUUAUUUUUAAUUUUGCUCUAUUUUAUUUCAUUUAAUUUUUUAAACAAAACCUAACAAAACUGGCGUAAUCGUAGAGAAAUGUCUCAGAGAGCAAGAAGAAACGGUUCGCCGACUUCAAGUAGUAAUUCAUCUUCAGUCGGUAGUAGUACCAUCAGUAGUAAUACUGGUGGUGGAGGAGGGGGCACUGCUGGGUGUGCGGGAAUGGGGACGGGUAGCCGUUUGCUUCCCAUGAAGGCGACGGUCCCUUUCCAACUGAAGCCGCAACAGCAGGCGCAGCCAACCCAGCAGCAACAACAAGGCAGCAGCCCCACGCGCAACAACAACAACAACAACACCAACAGCGGAGAGACUGGCACGCGCACGUCCUCGCACAACAGCAGAAGCCCCACUCGUGCUGCCAACAACUCCUCCACCUCGUGCAGCAGCCCCACAGUGGGCACGCAGACUGUGACGUCUUCGCGCAACAGCCCCACGCGAAUCUCGAGUGGAGGGGGUGGGUCUACUUCUCGGGGCAGCCCCACGCACCACGCGACGUCAGGGUCUACUUGGGGUAGCCCCACGCGACAGCAACAAGCAGCAUCACAGCAGCAGCAACAAUACAAUAAUAAUUCAUCGUCGCACCAGCAGACUCAGCACUCGGUUCAACCACAAGGCUCCCCUUGCUCUUCUCCCACCCAAUUACUGUGGGUCCCGGAUACACUGCUGUCCGCAUCAACGGUAUCGGCUCCUUCGUCAUCCUCCUCAUCAUCCUCAUCCUCAUCAUCAUCAGGUGGAAGAGUCAGACAUCACAGGAGGUCUCCCGAAAACAAAAGCUCCCCCGAGAGGAAAAGCCCCAUCUUGCCAGGGUGCAAAGAAAGACCACGUCAGCCUUCUGUCAGUCCCUCCAAUAAUAAUAUCCGUCGCACCUCUUCUCUGGACACGCUCGCUGCCCCCUACCUCUCCGGACACUGGCCACGGGACAGCCAGGGGCAGUGCACACCCUGCAUGAGGGACAAAGCCACACAGACUCCCAGCGCCUGGGCAGAAGAAUGUUCCGAAAAGAAGAAAGGCUCUCACAAGCGCUCGGCAUCCUGGGGAAGCACCGACCAGCUUAAAGAGAUUGCAAAGUUGCGUCAGCAACUUCAACGCAGCAAACACAGCAGCCGACAUCACCGUGACAAAGACCGUCAGUCUCCUUUCCAUGGCAACCACGCGGCUAUCAACCAAUCGCAGGCUCCCAUUCCAAAGAGCGUUCUGAUCCCGAUCCCGAUUUCCAAGUCAACAGUGUCGAGAUUCAGGAACAGCGUGGAAGGCCUCAACCAGGAGAUCGAGCGCAUUAUCAUCAAGGAGACUGGGGACAAGAAUGAGCAGCUUAUUCCCCAGGACAUCCCGGAUGGGCACCGGGCACCGCCCCCCCUGCCGCAGCGCAGCAGCAGCACGCGCAGCAUCGACACGCAGACCCCCUCCGGGGUGGAUAGGAGCAGCAACAGCAGCAGUCGCUCACAGUCCAUCUCACCCACCUUCUUCACCAUCUCCAACGAGGGCAGCGAGGAGAGCCCCGGCUCUGCCGACGACCUGCUCACCGACGGCAGGGAGAAAGACUGUGGAAACAGUUCCCCGCUACCCAAGUAUGCCUCAUCCCCAAAGCCGAACAACAGCUACAUGUUCAAACGGGAACCUCCGGAGGGCUGCGAGAGGGUAAAGGUCUUUGAAGAAACACCGCCCAGGCAGCUACACGAGAUUCCUCCAUUCUACUGCCCGGACAAAAACAAAGUAAACUUCAUCCCCAAGAGUGGCUCUGCCUUCUGCCUGGUGAGCAUCCUCAAACCCCUCCUGCCCACACAGGACUUGACAUUCAAGGGCUCCGGCCACAGCCUGAUCCCCACAGGCAUCAUCCCCACUGUGAUGCAGCCCAUUCCCAUGGCAACUGUGCCCAGCAACGGGGAGCAGGAGCGCAUCUCCCGUGGGACCAGCACAGCCAGCCAGCAGCCUUUGCUCCCCAGGCACAUAGAGGAGCCAGAGAGCUAAAAUACAGUGCCCCCGGCAGGCAGAGCACCAGAACUACAUUUCAUCAGCAUCACCUCUCCUUUCUGAAUAUAUUGCAUAUCACUCGACUGAAUGUACUCCAUUUCCAGGCACGGAUACCUGUGGUUUCUUUUCUUUUUGAACACUGGUACAGUUGCUGGAAGAUUCUAAGGAAGUAGUAAGUGGAUAAAGCAUUGGGUUUCUUAAGUAGGAGAACUGUACUCAAGUUCAUCAAGCCUAGUGUUGUCCUUAAGAGAGACUAUAGUGUUAAAAUAAAGGGAAAAACAAAACACAAGAUGCGAACUACAAACCUGUUAACAUUGUUCCAACCAUAACAUUGACUGGGAGCUGCCCUUUAGUAAUGGUGUACAUCAGUCGAUGGGUGCAGGGUCGUUACUGAGACAAAAGUAAAAGGCAAGGUAGACCAAAAAGAACAUUUUGAAUUAACACAGAAAUAUAUAUAUAUGUAAUGUAUGUAAUUAGUGAAGGUAGUCUCUAUGGUAAUACAAAAGUUCAAAAAUCUUUGAGCCAAACAUUCAGUUUUAAUGGCUUACCAAAAAGGUUUCUGUAGUGACAUUCAUAGUUGCACUCUCAGACAAACAAACAACGCUUUGACACUAACGUGUCUUCAUCAGGUUCACAUUAACAGAGAACAAUGUGAACCUGAUGAAGACACGUUAGUGUCGAAACACAUUAGUUUGUCUGUCUGUCUGUUUUUAAAGUAGGGCGUUCAGUUUGAUUUUGUUUUUGACUUGCAAUCGCUAAUUCUACCAAGGACUGUUUUACAACAUCACCAUUUAGUAACAUGUAUUAGGAAGAAUGGUCUUCAUUUAAGCAAAAUGAAAACUGAGGAAAAAACUUUUUUUUUUCUUCUGGUAUUUGACUCUUGGAGCAUCCCCACUACUGGGAGUAAGGUAUGUGCUUUGUUGUGUAUGGUGCAAAUUACUGCAAUGGAUCAGCUGUCACCGCUGGGAACCAUAUAAUCUACUUACUGUCUUUUAAAACAGUAUAGAAUACCAUGAAUCAAAAGACUGUCUUCUAUCUCAUGUUCUUUUUGUAAAAAUGAACAAACUGCAUGGAGAACCAAGUGGAUGUUUCAUGCCAAGACUGCUACUCUAAGUCAACUACUUGUCUCUUUUAAACUGCUUGUUGAUACCAAUUGAAUUGUUAAAGCACUCCUUGAAUAAGCAUUUAUUUGGGGGAGAUCUAUCCCAUGAUAAAACAUAAAUGUGAUUCCAUGCAAACUCCAUAUUGUUGAAGUUGCUCACCAGCCACUACUGAAUCUGUCUUUGCAAGCUGUUUUGUAUAGUGUUAAUUGUAGGUUGAGCCACUGGUUGUCAAAAGAUCAGUCAGUGUAGUUUGCUGCUAUGAGAUAAUGAAACGGGCAACAAGAGGAGGAAUUGUGGACCGCAGAUUAACCAUCCAUGGAUAAUCGAAAUUUCAAACAUUGUACCAGAUGACAAUAUUGAUGUCAGGCUACUGAUUAAAAAAAAUUAUGCCGUUUAUGCAACCAAGUUUUCUGAUCAUGUGCAAGUUUGGUUGUACUGUGCUAUAGCAGAGACGGACAAAUAGGUAUACAGUAAUAUUCAAUAUUUCAGUUAGGGGUUCAAGUCAUAGUUGUCUUAUGUAUAAAAUAGUUGGUUAUACAACUUAAUUUGAGAACAAAGAGACAAUACACACUUGAUUAAAAUAAAUCCAAAUUCAUCUGUAUUUAGUCAUUUUUCCUGUUGUCAAUAUGGCCUGUUAAUACUAGCACCCCAACUAAGUAAAUUAAACCAGAGGCCAUGAUGUUCGGGAAACAUAAAAUCCAUUUGCCAUGGCAGCGUGACACUGCAGUGCUCUCCGCUGAACAGAAGACUUUUCUGAGUCAUUGGGUGUUGCUAGGUAGAAAUGGCAAUCUAACAUUCUGCAGCCCACUCAAUUUGGCAAAUCAGCCAGCCUGAAGAAUCCAUCAUCACUAAAGUGUUGGCGCUCCCCUGGAAGACAGGUAGUGCUUCUAAAUAUUCCCAACCUAAUUAAUCUGCCUGCCAUGACUUGUAGUAUUUUUUUAAAUCUAGGCAAUUUGUAACCAUCUCAUGAUUGUAGUGCUCUGGGUGCUCUUCUUCCUGUUUUUACUACCUUGAACAGGCUGGGUAUAAAGCACAUCAAGGAUGUAGGGAGCUAUUUUCAAAACUUUCCACUAAAAAAUUUAAUUGGUACCAUUUUGUUCUAAAGAACAAGAAAAACACAUAUUUAAUGCUACAAAAUGAGUGAGAAGUAACUUAAAGAAUACUGCAAUGCCACUCAGCAGUA